AUGCGUCCUAGGCCCCCUCAGAACAGACUGUUAGCCAUCACAGGCCCUGGUGGAGGUAGAGGGCGUGGGAGCUUAUUGCUAAGGCGUGGAUUCUCGGAUAGUGGAGGAGGACCCCCAGCCAAACAGAGGGAUCUUGAAGGGGCAGCCAGUAGGCUGGGUGGAGAACGUCGGACAAGAAGAGAAUCACGCCAGGAAAGCGACGCAGAGGAUGAUGAUAUUAAAAAGCCAGCGUUGCCAUCUUCUGUUGUUGCUACCUCCAAAGAGCGAACACGUCGAGACCUUAUACAAGAUCAAAAUAUGGAUGAGAAAGGAAAACAAAGGAAUCGACGUAUAUUUGGCCUGUUGAUGGGCACUCUUCAAAAAUUUAAGCAGGAGUCCACGGUUGCUACUGAGAGGCAAAAGAGACGACAAGAAAUUGAACAAAAACUUGAAGUGCAGGCAGAGGAAGAAAGAAAGCAGGUUGAAAAUGAGAGACGAGAACUGUUUGAAGAAAGACGUGCUAAACAGACAGAGCUGCGGUUACUGGAGCAAAAGGUUGAGCUUGCUCAGUUGCAAGAAGAAUGGAAUGAACAUAAUGCUAAAAUAAUUAAAUACAUAAGAACGAAGACAAAACCCCAUUUAUUCUACAUACCUGGCAGAAUGUGUCCUGCUACGCAGAAGUUGAUGGAAGAGUCACAGAAAAAGAUGAAUGCACUCUUUGAAAGCAGGCGAAAUGAAUUUGCAGAGCAGAUUAACAAAAUGGAGGCCAGGCCCAGAAGACAAUCUGUGAAGGAAAAAGAACAGCAGGAGGUGCAGAAUGAAGAAAAGAAGGAAGAACAGAACAAGGAGCAGGAAGAGGGUAAGGUGGCUCAGCAGGUGGAAGAGUUGGAGACAGGUAAUCAGCACAAUGAUGUAGAAAUGGAGGAGGUAGGGGAGGAAAAGGGAAAAAUAGGUUCAGGGCAUAGCGAUGCAGAGAAAGAGCAGGAAGAGGAUGAACAAAAACAUGAAAUGGAGAUUAAAGUAGAAGAGACUACCGAGGUGAGGGAGAAUGACAAGCAACAGGAUGGUCAGCAUGAAGAGGUCACAGUUGCAAAAGAGGAAAGUGAAAACAUUCAGCCAGUGGAUAAUGAGCAGGAUGUGGCUGAAAUGAAUGAGGCAGAUAGCAUAGAACCUGUAGAAAAUGAAAAUGGCAAAGAAGUGGAACCAGAAACAGAGUGUGAUGCUCAGUCAGAAAAAGUGUGUAAUGUUCCUUCUCCCGAGAAAGAGAAAGGUAUUAAACCGGAAAUGAAAGCUGAACCUGAAGAAAAACAGGAGAAGGCACCUGAAGCUCAGCCAGAACCUGUGGCUGAGGCUCUGUCUCAGCCACAGUCUGUGCCACUGCCACAGUCACCUCAGUUGUCUCAGUCCACUCAGGAUACAGAGCCCCAGGCAGACAAGGAUGAAAAUGCUGUGGUGUCUGUAAAGGUGGUCGAGGCACAGACAGAGCAGAGUCAGACACCAAGUGUAGAAAUUAAGAGUAAGACUAGGAGUAGAAGCAGGGGUAGGGCAGGGAACAAAACUGGUAAGAGUCAUAGCCGUAGUAGCAGCAGCAGUAGUAGCAGUAGUACUUCGAGCAGUACUACUACUGGAAGUAGUUCCAGCACUGGCAGCAGUAGCAGUCGGAGUAGUUCCACCAGCAGCAGCACUACAAGUGGAAGUACUAGCAGGGACAGUAGCAGCAGUAGCUCUAGCAGUAGUGAAAGUAGAAGUCGAAGCCGAGGAAGAGGGCAUAAUAACAGAGAUAGAAAACGCAGAAGGAGCACAGACAGGAAGCGAAGGGAUCCUUCAGGAGUAGAUAGAAGUCACAAGUCCUCAAAAGGUGGGAGUAGAGAUGCCAAAAGCUCAAAGGAUAAAAGUUCAAGAUCUGACAGAAAGAGGUCUAUAUCAGAAAGUAGUCGGUCAGGCAAGAGAACUUCACGGAGUGAAAGAGACCGUAAAUCAGACAGGAAAGACAAAAGGCGUUAACAGAAGAGACCAAGCUUCCUUAGCCUAAUCUUUGCAGCGGAAGAUUAUUUGAGUGAAAGGAUUCCUUGUAAGGAGGAGGAGAAGGCUGCCUUAAGAAUUGCAUGCUGUAAAAAAUCUUUUGGAAAAAUGCAGACUGUUUACCAGGCAUUCUUGUACUUUUUACAUAAUUUUGUAAAAGGUUACUUACCAAAAUUAUGUGAAGUUCCUGAAAAUGUAAAAAUAAAAGAUUAACACUC